AUGCUGUUCCAGUCCCCGCUCCCGUCCCCGCCAAGGAGGCGCGGCUUGUGCUGCCCUCUGCCUGCGGCAUCAUUUUCACUUCCCCGCACGGCCCUCAGCAGCGAGCGCCUUAGCGCAAUUUUGGCAAGAACCAUUGAAGUCCCCCUAAAAUGCGGCGCCUUCGAAGGGGUGCUGCAGCGCGUGAGCCCUGAGCGGGCCCUCCUCCUGCGGACAGUGAAGAACUUGGACACUAGCAGAGACAUUCCCGGAGUAAAGUUGCUGUACCUCAAACAGCAGUGUGCUGUCAGUGUGGCGGGAGAAGGUGUACGUUUGUGUCAGCAUGGGAAACUCUCAUGGCCAGUGGUAGCAACAAAAUGCCACGUUUCUCUGUUUGAUGUCAUCCUUCUGGGGCCUCAGGCUUUCAAAACUGGAUUACAGAUGGUGCUGGAAGAUAAACACAUCCCCAAGGUCAUGCAUGACUGCCACUGGAUCUCAUUUUUUCCUUAUCAUCCCACUUGCAUGGAGCUGCCAAUGGAGCUUUGUCAGCUGGCAGACAGCCAGAAGCUUGGAAGGGAGAAAGCAAUAAAAGACUACAGGAUGAAUGAGGAGGGUCUUUUGAUCAGAGCAGCCAUGGAAUUAAAAGAGAGAAAUGAUGUAUGGGAGGAUAGAGACUACAGAGAUGACAGGGACUGCUUUCUCACAAAUAAAGUGGUGACUCAAAUGCCAUCCGUCAGCAGUCAGGAUUUCUUCACGUAUGGCAAAGGGAAUGUACAAAAUGCACGUAGCUCGACGAAAAGCCCUUUCCUGUGCAUGCUGCUGCUAGGUGACGAUGUCCCAGUUCCAGUGAUCUCUGCACCUCAACACGGCGGGGGCCAGGCCGGCCACAUGCAGCCACUUCAGCCUGAAGAGGAAGCCUCGCUGACGCAUUCCGGCCCAUGGGUGACAGUCGGAUCAGCCGCGGAGCCCCAUAAGGGGUGGGAGGUAGCCCCAGGGCCGCGCCAACGCGACUGCCUCGCCGCCCCACCGCCCUUCCGCCGCCUCAAGGGCGAAACGGCGUCACUUCCGGUACACCUCCGCCUCCCCGCGCUGGCAUCGCGAGACACCACCCCACCUCACGCGAGACUCGCUAGCUCACCCGGCCGCUUCGGCCGAGUCCCUUCGGCAAUUUCCGUCACCACCAGACCCUACCAAUCGGCCUAG